AUGGCCACCUGGGCGGCUCAUCUUCGACUUCAAUAUCGUCACCUCCAAGUCGCUCUAUCGCGGGUCAGGACCAAGACGGGUGAGAAGGCCAAGUCGGGACCUAAAUCCAGCUCCGAGCCUUCCGCAGCUUCGUCUCCAGCUCGAAGGGCUAGCCUGGCGACAGAGGACGAACCCCAAGCCGAGACCCAGGUAGCAGAUGACGACGACCAGGUGACGAUUGGUCCAGCUCCCGAAGGAGAGCGUGAUGACGAAGUGGAGCUGCAGGAAGACAGCAGCGCUCGGAAGCGUCGGACUCGAAAAGACUCCGACAGCGACGACUCAGCCAAGGCUCUGGAGGAUGUGCAGCUGUGGGAGGCGCACGAUGAGCAGCUUCCUGAAGUUCUUCCAGAAGUGCUGGGAUGGCUCUUGUUAAGGAGAGCCGGCCUCACGAGCCAGCAACGCCUUUCUGUGCAGGCGGCGGCUGGCAACAGCCUGAAGCUGGAUGCCAUCGAACGAGCUCUCCGAGGCAUGGAAGAGGAACUUCUCCAGAAUGAGGGCCAUGGAAAAGGAGGACGAGAACCUCCUCGAAGGCGAACCUACUGGGUCGAGGAGGCCGGGCACUGGUCUCUUCUUUUGGGAGAGGCAACUGAGCUGGAGGACCUGGUGGAUGGCGGCGAGACCCUGUAUGUCGGCGAGAGGUUGCCCCCGCAGGCCUACUAUGAUCCUUCAGCACUGUGGUCCUCAGCGGAAGGAUGGCUGGAGCACAAUUCGCCUCAGUCCUCCUGGUGGUCGACAGGCGAUUCCCCUGAGUCAUGGCCAGAAGAAGCUUGGUGGAACGAAGACCCAGACCUUUCCGACCUCACCCCGGAGGAGCAGAAGGAGGUGGAUGAGGCCUUCGCCGUGGCAGAGCAGAAGAUGCGGAGCUUUGUGCAGGCUAGGAGAAAGAAAGGCAAAUGGAAGGGCAAGAACAAAGGCUCUUCGUCAUCCGGCUCCACCUUCCUCACUGAGGGCUUCUUGGGCGCGGCUGUUGGGGAUCCCUCCUACACUGGUUGCUUCAUUUGCGGUGACAAAGGACAUGACUUCCGGAGUUGUCCCAAGCGCUCUUCUGGCAAGGGAAACAAGGGCAAGAAGGGCGGUCAUGUCAACUUCGUGGAUGCCAUGCUCUACACCGUUGAGGAGAUCCCUGCCGAGGACGCCUGCUACCCGAACUUCGACGACCUCGACUUGCCCAUCCCCAAGAACGAGCUUGCUGGCUACGCGGUCAUUGACAGCGGUGCCACUGAGACUGUGUGUAGCUUGCCCGCACUGGAGGCCUUGGUGCAGCUGAAAGAGGCUCAGGAUGGCAAGCCCGUGGGUUUGGAGGUCACUCAAGAGCCUGUGAAGCGGUUUAAGUUUGGCAAUGGGGAGCAUGCCUAUGCGUCUUCUUAUGUGUUGUUGGACCAGAUGCUGGGGGAGCGCAGGAUUCAGUUAGGGAUGUUCACGUUGGACGUCGAGGGCGUUCCAGUGUUGUUGGGCAUGAAAACCUUGCGGAGGUUGAAGGCGAUCAUCGACUUUGACCGCUGUUUGGCCAUUUGCUCUUCCAACUCCGACAACUACACCUGCACCUAUGGAUCAUUUCAGAACGGUGCUCUGUGGAUGGAGCUUCGAGAAGGAGAUCCCGAUCCUGGAGUGAGCGUGAACACCAAGCACCGGCCUCUGCAGGUUUCUCCGAAGAGGUACCACUGCUCGCUGCCCUGGACCGGUGAUCGCUAUGUUGUCACCGCCUUCACCCCUCGAGGAGGAGACUCCAUUCCAAAAGAAGAUGCGAAGGUGCUGCUGCGCUGUGGGUUUGGAAUUCCUCAGAAGUCUGGUCAUGUCCACUUGGCUGGCAAGCAUGACGCGGAGGUUGAGGAUGACGAGGUGGUCCCCUCGGAGGAUGUUUUGACCCUGGAAGAUUGCGAGCGCAUCUUGCAUCCGCUCAAGGAGGCUGUGGACGCCAUCGAAGAGAUCCAGACUUUCUACCCCCCGGUUGCCCGGCUGGAUGUGGCGAUGUUAUGUGACCCUUGGUUGUGUGCCGAGGCCCAUGAAGGGGACUUUGAAAAGGCCGGGCUUUCCUAUGCCAUUCUGGGGUUCCAGAAGAAGUGUGACUUCUCCACGCAUAAAGGGUAUCGGGCUGCACAAGAGCAACUGGACCAACUACAACCUCGGUGGGUGGUGUGUAAUGUUCCUCGUGGUCCUGCAUCAUCUCGAACUACGGCUGCCAUGGAUGAGAAAGAGAUCGCGAGAAUUAGAAGGUACCAGCGCGUGAUCCGGCACCUCCUUCUUCUGUCUCGCCAGGCUAUGGACCAAGGCAAGGAGGUGGUUUGGCUGACUCAUCCUUUGUCGCAGGUGUGGCGGCUUCCUGAGGUGAUGGCCUUUUGGAAGGCAAAUGCGCAUGGCCCCUUGGCGAUAGGGAACGAGGCAGUGAAGGUGACCAGCACCAGCGCAGCCGUUCAGAAUACCUUCUCUACUACCACCGCUGGGGGCUUCUUUGAGAUUGAGGUAACCUUAGACCAGGACCAUGCAGCCAGUCAGAAUACCUUCUCUACUACCACCGGGGGGGCCUCAGAUAGUAUCUGGACAUGGUUGGCUCGAGCAGUGACCAGACGGCGUGGAGAUCUGAUGUGGGCAGAUGAUGGUGAGAUCUACCCCAUUGACACCUCUGUCCUGGAGACGCUUGAGCCCCCCAAGCUGCAGAAGCUUAUGGAGGAUGUACGGAAGCUCGCCGCUUUGGUCACCCUUCGAACAGGCUUCUGGCUGGAGUGCGAUGAGUGCCUUGAAGGUCGCAUCAAGAUGCCUAGCCCUGCAGUCAAUCUUGAAAGGACUGACCGUUUGUGGUCGUGCCUUCAGGUGGAUGGUUGGGAUAUGAAGUUCAAUGGCUGCUUGCAUCAUUUCGUGCUUCUUGUCGAUGAGGCCAGUGGCUAUGCAGUGAUUCGCGAGUUGUUUCGCAUUCCUGACGACCAGAGUCGCAAUGCCACAGGGCAAGAGAUCAUCGAUACUAUCCAGGAGGCCUGGAUCCAGUACUUCGGCUACCCGGAGACGGUCAAGAUGGACUUAGAGGGAGCCCAUCGGUCCAAGAAGCUUCGUGAGUACUUUAUGGAGCACGGGAUUGACUUUGUGCCAGCGCCAGCUGAGCACGAAUCUAUUGCCCAAGCCGAAAGGGCAAUCGGAAGCAUCCGGCUCAAAACGGAGGCGUUCCUGAGAGGGGAUUGGUCUCCUGGAGGGCGCUUGCUGGACUCCAACCACGACGAGGUCAUCCUCAGCAACUCCUCCUCGUCGGCAUGGCAAAUCCGGAAGGAUGCCGAGAAGGCCUUCCUCGAGCAUCGUGCACGCGAGCAGGCGACUCGAGCAAAGAACACCAGAACUCGGGAGUACACCAAGUACUUGCCAGGAGAUUUGGUCUUCUAUCGUCGACUCCAACAUCCUGCAGAUCUCCCAGCAAACAACAUGCUGGACUACCCACGGCUUAGAACGGCAAGGUGGUAUGGCCCAGCUCGAAUUUUGGCCCGCGAGACGAAGGUGGAUGGGACGUCGCGAAGACCAUCGGCUAUGUUGUGGGCGAUUGCCGCUGGUCGCUUGAAGAAGUUUCAUGCAAGCCAGAUCCGACACGCAUCCGAGUCGGAAAGGUUGGUGAGUAAUGCUGCGACAGCUCCAACUUUCCCUUGGACUUUUUCAUCCUUGACUUCGCUUCUGACAAAAGGGAGUUAUGAUGAUGAGUCCCGACCAAAAAGGAGAACCUGGGGUCGGUCGUCUCGAGUGAAGGCCAAGGCCAGAGAGGCGAAAGAGGCCACGGGUCAAGCCCACCGGAAGGUUGCGCAGUCUGCGGUUCCCUCGCAUGUUCGAGAUGCUCCAUCUGAUGAGGAGAUGGUCCCCGACAUGGAGGAACGGCCCAAGCGACCACUGCCUCCAGAGGACGAGGACGAGCUGGACAUUGACCGCCUGCUGGACGAUGUGACGUACAUGCCUCCCGGUCAGCCAGGACCUGUUUCCUUUCGAGAACAGCGAGCAUCGCGUGAACAGAGUGAUCGGCCUUGGCAUGUGCAGCAUGGGUCAGCGGCCAUGUUUCUUGAAGAGGACCUCUCCAACACCUUGUUCUCCGUUACGCUGGAGAUCCCGGACGACCCAAAGGCUUGGAAGAAGAUCCUCAAGGACCCCUCGAAGUUCAUGGUCAAGAACGUUCAGAAGGGGGUUGAAGUCUCAUAUCAUAAGCUCAGCGACCAGCAGAAGACCGCUAUGAAUGCUGCGAAGUCCGCUGAGAUUGAAUCUUGGUUGGGUCAUAAGGUGGCUCGAGCUGCGUGCCCUUCCAUCACUGAAAAGCAGUGCAUGAGAAUGAGGUGGCUGUACACGUUCAAGGCUGCUGGUGAUGGGCCUUCCGAAAAAGGGAAGGUCAAAGCAAAAGCCAGAAUAGUGGUCUUGGGGUUUUCAGACCCCUCAUUGUUGGAGAGGACCACCGCAAGCCCAGCGAUGUCCAGAUUGAGCAAGAUGCUGCUGUUGAAUAUGGCAACGGCCAGGAGGUGGAAGAUCCUCGCUGGGGAUGUGAAGACGGCUUUCCUUCAGGCAAAACCACCUGAUCGACUCCAUCCUCUGUAUGCGAAGCCGCUGCCGGAGCUUGCAGAGGCCAUGAAGCUGGAUGAGGGCCAGAUGAUCGAACUUCUUGGAUCCGCCUACGGAUUGACGUCUGCCCCAAGGGAAUGGUUUGAUGACUUCGCCACCACGCUGCGCAAGUUGAAUGCACAGCAGAGUAAGACGGACCCUUGCUUAUGGACAGUGGCGGAUGAGAGUGGCACUGUCGUUGGACUCCUAGGAGUUCAUGUUGAUGAUGUGCUCUUCUCCGGAGAUGAGUCAUCGGCUACCUGGACUACCUUCCUGCAUGAUCUCCACUCCUCCUACAAAUGGGCAUUGUGGGAGGCGGAAAAUUUUCUUCAUUGUGGGUUGAGGCUCCAGCAGUUUGCAGACGAUGCCGUAAUGUUGGACCACUCUGAGUUUUGCGGCAACUUGAGCCAAAUGCCCUCGCGUGCCAAGGGUGAUGAAGCGCCCCUGACCGAGAAAGAGAUGAGCCAGGCCAGGGCGAUCCUCGGGUCGGCACAAUGGCGUGUAACCCAGUCUGGGCCCCAUCACGCGGCAAAGCUGAGCUACUUGCAGAGCUUUGUGGCAACCAGGCACCAUUCCGCCAUUGACCAGGUGAACAAGUUGGUGCGAGAGAUUUAUUCCUCUCGGCAUGUCAGUGUCCGUGUGCAGCAGCUUGAUUGCGAGCACCCUGAGCGCAUGGUGAUGGUUGGCUACAGUGAUGCUUCCCUGGCGAACAGGCCCGAUGGCACGUCCACUGGUGGCCACCUCUUCGGCUUCAUGCAUCCGGAUGACUUUGCCCGAGGAAGCGGCAAACUCAACCCACUGGGAUGGAAAUCAUCCAAGUUAAGUCGUGUGGCCCGAUCAAGUUUGUCAGCAGAGGUCCAGAGCUUGGCCGACCUCGAGCAGGAGAUGAUGUUGGCCAGGUUGACCUGGUGCGAGCUGCUGGGCCGGGAGAUUGAUCUCAAGAACCCAGCUGCUGCGGUGAGGACGAUCCCGGCUGCCAUGAUCAUCGACGCGAAGGCCGUGUACGAUGUCUUGGACCGGGACGCGGUGUUGUCGGCCUCUGUGGGGAUCAAGGAUAAGUACUCGGCUUUGGAGCUGGCGGCGCUGCAACAACACAUCGCCGAACAAGGGACCCUGAUCCUGUGGUGUGAUUCGGAUCGCCAGCUGGCAGAUGGCCUCACCAAGAGUGCUAAGCAGGAUGCCAUCAAGAACUUCCUCGUGACCGGCGUCUGGAAGCUUCGAAUGGAUGGAGCGUUCAUCUCCGCCAAGAAGAGGAAGUCUAUGGACCGAGUAGGUGAGCCUGCGGAUCCCAGGAUCACGGAGACCUUGACGGUCGCAGUGCAAAACAAGACGGACGUGGCAGCUGGUCAGACCGUGCAGCUGAGCCUGUGUGGACCCGUCCUGCGAAGACGGAGGUUGAGAGGGAGGAGCGAUGGAACGCGGGUCCUCGCAGCUACGGCGGUGAUGUGCGAGACAGACGGUUCACAUACGACCGCCGGGAGCACGACUACAGGGACGAUGGCUACGAU